AUGUCGGGGUGGAACUUGAAUGCGGCCACCUUCGUGCCGAAUGCAAAUGCACGACCGUUUGUGCCCGGACAGCAAUACCAAGCACCGCCAGCUGAGCCUCAACAAGCAUGGGAUGCCGAGCCUGAACCGGCAGAGACCCCAGCCCAAGUACCGGCUCCAGUUGAGACUACGCCAGCAGCACCGCAACCGGCCGUCGUCAGUGAUCCAGUUGAAAAGCCAGCGCCACUUCCGGAAGUAGAAAAAGCUGAGGUUGCUGAUGUUGUUGCACCAUUGAACCGCAAGUUCGAGCGAGCGACGAUUGACCCAAAAUCGCGUAAAGAACACGUCAACCUUGUGUUUAUUGGACACGUCGAUGCAGGAAAAUCUACAAUUGGUGGUCAAAUCAUGUUUCAGACUGGAAUGGUUGACAAGAGGACACUUGAAAAAUAUGAAAGAGAUGCAAAAGAAAAAGGACGAGAAAGCUGGUACCUAUCAUGGUGCAUGGACACUAAUGAAGAGGAAAGAGAUAAAGGAAAGACAGUAGAAUGUGGCCGUGCUUUCUUUGAAACAGAGCGUAAGCACUUCACCAUUUUGGAUGCUCCCGGCCACAAAUCUUUUGUGCCAAACAUGAUCACCGGGGCCACACAAGCUGAUCUAGCUGUUUUGGUAAUUUCUGCUCGUAAAGGAGAAUUCGAAACCGGAUUUGAUCGUGGAGGGCAAACACGAGAGCAUGCUCUCCUUGUUAAAACUGCUGGUGUCAGACACUUGAUCAUCUUAGUAAACAAAAUGGAUGACCCAACAGUGGAAUGGGAUCAAGGAAGGUGGGACGAAAUACAAAGCAAGUUGACUCCCUAUUUAAAGAAGUGUGGAUUCAACCCAAAGACAGAUAUUACCUACAUCCCAGUAUCAGGAUUAACGGGAGAUUUUAUCAAAGAUCGUCCAAGCGAUUCAACCAAAGGUGGCUGGUACGGUGGACCCUGCUUUAUCGAGUACAUCGACCAUCAGAUUGCCUCAAUCAAUCGCGACUUUGAAGGACCUGUUCGUUGUAUAAUUACUGACAAAUACUCGGAAAUGGGAACGAUUGCAUUUGGAAAAAUGGAAUCUGGAGUGAUUGAGAAGAAUCAAACACUAUUGUUGAGUCCUAACAAGACCUUGGUUCAAAUAACGCAGUGUUGGUGUGAUGACGCUGAAGUUGACAAAGUGGCAGCUGGCGACAAUGUAAAGCUAAAACUCAAGGGUGUCGAGGAAAGUGAUCUCCAAUCUGGGUUUAUCCUUUCAUCGCCCGAUGCUCCAGUAAAAGUCGGACGAAUCUUUGAUGCUGAAGUUGUUGUUAUGGACUAUAAAUCAAUCAUUGCCCCUGGAUAUUCUUGUGUGCUCCAUAUCCAAUCUGCCGUCGAAGAGGUCAGCGUGAAGCUCAUCAUUGCUACCAUUGACAAGAAAACAGGCGAAAAGAAACGAGCCAAGUUUGUGAAACAAGAUGACAAAUGCAUAAUCCGCUUCGAAAGCCCUGAGCCGUUCUGCUUAGAGCCGUUUAAGGAAUUGCCGCAAUUAGGACGCUUUACACUUCGCGAUGAAGGAAAAACGCUCGCUAUCGGCAAGGUGCUCAAAGUUGUCGAG